AUGACCCAAUUUUCUCUCGAGCAACUCGCCGCAGCUCUCUCGGCACUCAGCAUAUCUGUUCCGAUUACAGAUGCUGCCGUCGAACCCGCCUCGCAUCCUCACGCUUCUGCAGAUGCAGCGGGGGCAGGCCCACUACUCACUGUUCACUGCAGCAACUGCGCCUUUCCUAACAUCGUCCCUGUUUCAGCAGUCCCAUCGAUGAUGGGUAUCCUGUUUCCAAGCUCGAGGUCUGGAGGUCGCCCGGUCCUGCCUGCCUCUGCCCAAGUGCCGAGUGCCCCUAUCAUGACCGCACCUUUACCUCACAUUCGCACUCACGCUGCAGCUCCUGCAUUGGCAGCUCAUUUGUCCAAUCCUGCUGCUCCCGUCAAUCCUGCUCCUGUCGCUCCCACUCCCGUCGUCCACGCUCCUGCUCCUGCUCCCGUCGUCCCUGCUCCCGCCGCUCCUGCUCCUGGUCCACCUCAGUCAGCAUCCAUAGCUGUCACGAUGGGUCCUGAUGGGCCAUGGUACAUCAUCUCGAAAGGCCGUUCCGUUGGCAUCUUCCGUGGUUGGCAGAAUGUGAGCACUUUGGUGACCGGCGUCGGAAGAGCCUGUUUUUUUCAUUGUGGAACUCAUGCUGCGGCCCAGGCCGCAUUUGAUGAGGCACUUGCCACCGGCGCCGUGGAAAUUCUCUAA